GAUCUGGGGAAUAAACGUGAAAGGAGGAAGGAAAACCUUUGGACCACUUUUCCUGGUCACGGGACAGUCACACAGUGAAAGGAAGAUCAGCAAAAAACAAACGAACAGAACAGGACAAGUGCAAUAAAAAAUCUCUUAAAAAUGACAUCAGUUCAUUUUAAGCCCGGGUUGGAUUCCAAAGAAGUUAAUGGAAACACAGUGAUGGACGAAGCUCAAGUUGAGAUUGAUGAUGGCAAAGAGCAAAGUACAGACCCGGACACGAUGUAUUAUCGUAUUAGGAAGAGGAUAGCCCCAUUUGUGAUGUCUUUUGGCUUUCGUGUGUUUGGCCUUGUACUCAUCAUAGUGGACAUUGUGCUGGUCAUUGUCGACUUGAUACCUGGAAUCCAUGAACAGGUGGGGUCUUCUCUGGAAGCUGUUUCAUUAGCCAUCUCCUUCUUCUUCCUUAUUGAUGUGUUGCUCCGGAUUUAUGUUGAAGGAUUUAACGUGUACUUCAGGUCCAAGCUGAACAUCAUGGAUGCGUGCAUUGUGGUCAUCACUCUUGUGGUCACAAUGAUCUAUACAUUUUCUGAUCUCUCCGGAGCGAGUCUUUUCCCCAGGGUAGUGACCUUCCUGAGGGCGUUGCGUAUAAUUAUCCUGGUGCGUAUCUUCCGCCUGGCAUCUCAGAAGAAAGAGCUGGAGAAGGUUACACGAAGAAUGGUAUCAGAGAAUAAACGGCGGUACCAGAAGGAUGGUUUUGAUUUAGACCUGACUUAUGUCACAGACAGAAUUAUUGCCAUGUCGUUCCCCUCAUCUGGGAAACAGGCUCUCUACAGGAAUCCUAUCAAGGAAGUUGCCAGAUUUCUGGACACAAAACAUCCCGAUCACUACCGAGUUUACAAUCUCUGCAGUGAGAAAGGCUACGAUCCAAAAUUAUUUCAUUAUAGAGUGGAGCGUGUGAUGAUUGGUGACCAUAAUGUACCAUCAUUAGAGGACAUGCUAAGAUACACUGCUAGUGUACGAGACUGGAUGGCUGCUGACUCACGCAACAUCAUUGCUAUCCAUUGUAAAGGGGGAAAAGGACGUACAGGGACGAUGGUGUGCACGUGGCUGAUUGACAACGAUCAGUUUGAGAGUGCACAGGAUAGUCUGGACUACUUUGGCGAGCGCCGUACAGAUACAAGCAUGAGCUCGAAAUUUCAGGGUGUGGAAACUCCAUCUCAGAGCAGAUAUGUUGGAUACUAUGAGAUCAUGAAGAACACAUACAAUCGACAGCCUCCCCCACCAAAGACCCUGAAGAUCAAAAGUCUGCGCAUUCACUCGAUUGCAGGUGUUGGGAAGGGUAAUGGCAGUGAUCUGAAAGUUCGGAUCAUAGUGAAGAACCAGCUGGUGUUUCAGUGCAACUGUGCCAAACAGGAGAACUGUGCACUAUUCCCAGACACUGGAAACAAUGCAGUGGUGAUCAGUUUACAGGAAGGACCGGUGGUUUCAGGAGAUGUGAAGGUCAUGUUUGACUCUAGCGCUGGUCUUCCGAAGGGAUAUGAGGACUGUCCUUUCUAUUUCUGGUUUAAUACUUCAUUUAUAGAGAAUAACAGGCUGUACCUCUCGAGGGAGGAACUGGACAACCCACAUAAAUCCAAGACUUGGGACAUCUAUAAGGAGGACUUUGGUGUGACUGUGUCAUUCAGUGAACUGUGAAAAAAGCUUACAUAUGACACACUUAACAUUAACCUUCCACUAACCUUCCACCUACUUUUAAGAUGUCACUAAGCCAUACAUAGAAUUCAGUAUAUUGUUUUUGUUACAAAAAAAGAAAAGAGGAAAAAGAAGAAAAAAAAGGAAUAAAAAUGGUACCAUAUUUAAAUGCAUAUAUUUUUUCUGAAUGGUGCAGUUUGCUUUUGAGGACGUGCAAGUGACUGGUGAGGAUCCACAGCUUUUCUGGGCUGUUUCAUAACACUGCUGUUUGUUCACAGAAGAACCUCUCAAUGAAAUCCUUAGUACCACACAAAUAAAGCAUGGUGCAAUUAUAUUUCCUACCGAACCGAAAAUCUUAUACACACAAUGGAUGAGUCUUAAUAAAGUGUGAAAGCUAUCACAUACAUUCUUUAAUUA